CUCAGUCCAGGCUGCAGCGGCGCGUCGCUCGUCUCCCAAACAGCGGACAAGUUCAACCCCGGAGCCCGGGUUCGAACCGGAGCAGAGCAGAGGACGGGGCGACACUUCUGAAAGUUUAAGAAGGGAGAAGCAAACGUGCCUGGAGGCUGUUCACGCUGAGGGAAUAACGCAACCAUAGGACGUCAAGUGGAUCUCACGCACCGGGACCCGAGCGCAGAGACUAAACACACUAAACUGUGAUUUUGUGUUUUCACGCACUCCCCGAAGCGUCUCUCCUUUUCCAACUUCAAGUCUAUGGUGCCAUUAACUCUUCCGAGCCGCCGGGAACUUGCUUUACUGGCAGAAAAAUGUCACAGGGUCGUUAAAUUUAUUGGAACGUGACCACCGGAGAUGAACUUUCUCCGAAGUGAUUGCGGGAGCUGCGGUGAAUGAUUGACAGCUGGGGCUCGCCUCGUGCUCCGCGGACCUUUACGCGCCGCCAGGAGUGCGGCUGGUUGGGUUUUAACCAUUAAAAGACGCAGGCGACCGAGAGAAACCCAUGAAUAAUAGGAGCUGAUCAACGGUUUCUUUUGUUUUUUUUGCCAAUUCUCGAACUGCACUCGUUUUUCUUUUUGAAUGGCAUCGACAACGAUGCACGGGCCCCUCCUGCUGCUGCUGCUGCUUUGGAGUCCUGGUCUCACGCUGGGAGCCUCCAAGGACCUGGUGUGCGAGCCCAUCACCGUGCCCAUGUGCAAGGGCAUCGGCUACAACCUCACCUACAUGCCCAACCAGUUCAACCACGACACCCAGGAGGAGGUGGGGCUGGAGGUGCACCAGUUCUGGCCCCUGGUCCGCAUCCGCUGCUCGCCCGACCUGCUCUUCUUCCUGUGCAGCAUGUACACGCCCAUCUGCCUGCCGGACUACCGCAAGCCGCUGCCGCCGUGCCGCUCCGUGUGCGAGCGGGCCAAGCGCGGCUGCUCGCCCCUCAUGAGCCAGUACGGCUUCGAGUGGCCCGAGAGGAUGAGCUGCGAGCAGCUGCCGCAGCUGGGCGACGAGGUCCUGUGCAUGGACCAGAACAGCAGCGAGACCACCACCCCGGCCCCCCCUUUCCCCAAGCCCACGCCCAAGGGCCGGCCCCGGCCCCCCGGUCCCUCCCAGUGCGACAGGGAGUGCCGCUGUCGGGACCCGCUGGUGCCCGUCAAGAGGGAGUCCCACGGCCUGUAUGACCGGGUCCAGACCGGGCCCCUGUCCAACUGCGCCCAGCCCUGCCACCAGCCCUACUUCUCAGCCGACGAGCGGGCCUUCACCAGCUUCUGGGUGGGACUGUGGUCGGUGCUGUGCUUCACCUCCACCCUGACCACCGUGGCCACCUUCCUCAUAGACAUGGAGCGCUUCAAGUACCCGGAGAGGCCCAUCAUCUUCCUGGCCACCUGCUACCUCUUCGUCUCCCUGGGCUACAUCAUCCGCCUGGUGGCGGGCCACGAGCGCGUGGCCUGCGGCGCCGGCGCCGGCGAGCCGCUGCACAUCCUCUACGACACCACGGGCCCCGCCCUCUGCACCCUCGUCUUCCUCCUGGUCUACUUCUUCGGCAUGGCCAGCUCCAUCUGGUGGGUGGUGCUGUCCUUCACCUGGUUCCUGGCGGCGGGGAUGAAGUGGGGCAGCGAGGCCAUCGCAGGGUACUCCCAGUAUUUCCACCUGGCCGCCUGGCUCAUCCCCAGCGUCAAGGCCAUCGUGGUCCUGGCUCUCAGCUCUGUGGACGGGGACCCCGUCGCCGGCAUCUGCUACGUCGGGAACCAGAGUCUGGAGAACCUGAGGGGAUUCGUGCUGGCGCCCCUUGUGGUGUACCUCUUCACCGGCUCGCUUUUCCUACUCGCCGGAUUUGUUUCCCUCUUCCGUAUCCGCAACAUCAUCAAGCAGGGCGGCACCAAGACGGACAAACUGGAGCGGCUCAUGAUCCGCAUCGGGCUCUUCACGGUGCUCUACACGGUGCCCGCCACCAUCGUGGUGGCCUGCCUGGUCUACGAGCAGCACUACCGUCCCGGCUGGGAGCGGGCCCUGGCCUGCUCCUGCCCGGCUGAGCGCCAGCGCUCGGGCCUGGGCCCAGACUACGCCGUCUUCAUGCUCAAGUACUUCAUGUGCUUAGUGGUGGGCAUCACCUCGGGGGUCUGGAUCUGGUCGGGGAAAACCCUGGAGUCGUGGAGGAGGUUCGUGGCUCGCUGCUGCCCCUGCUGGCCGCAGAAAGCCGCUGCGCCACCCUCCAUGUACAGCGAGGCCAGUACUGCUUUGACUGGACAUACUGGAAGCGGCCUGACGUCGGGGCUCUACCACAAAGCGGCUCCGUCGCACAUAUGAGCAGACCGGCACAGUGGAACAGUGUUUAGAUGCCGUGCAGUCAGAAACAAAGGUCACAGGACGUCAGAAACGUUCAGGACAGUUUGCUUCAUGCGCAUCUGGACUUUGUGGAAACAGACUCCACUGCAUUUCUUACAGCAUCCACAGUAGAAUCACUCAUUCUUCCUACGGCCUGUUUAACCCGAGCACUGAGACAGAAAAAUAUUUAUUUAUGUAAAUACUGUAUACAUUUGCUGUAAAAAGAAAAUUAGCUGUAUAGUGUGAUUGUUUCGCUUGUAACCAACCAAUGCUACGUGUCAAGAGCUGUUCUCUGACGUGUCCAUAAAUGUGCUGCUUCCUGUCAAAGUUUAAGUUUGACACGUGCUGUGAUUUCUGAGAAACUGUAGGUUUCCUCACAUUUGAGCAUCAAAGACUAAAUCAGUCCUGUGGUUAGGACCCAUCACACCUGUUGGUGGAUGAUGGUAAAAGCUGCAGGAUGGCGCCGACCUUGGCCUUUACCCCCACCUGCUGGUUCACAGCGGCGCUGCUCACGUCAGGCCUCCAAACACGGACCCUAGGGUUAACGUUAGGCCACAGGUCCUAGCACCAAAUGCAGCAAACUUCAAUAUGAAAGAUGCACCUGGACUAUAAUUCCAGCUUUGUUUAGACAGUCAUGGUAAUGAGACUUCGCUGUCUCUGGUACAUUUUUUAGUAAUUUUGGCAGAUUAAAGAUGAGCGUUGGGGUCAGAGGCCGAUGGAUUGAACAAAUAACUUACAACAGUAAUUUAAAGCAAAAUGCCAAAGAUUCUUAGUUCCAGAUUUUGGAUUGUUGGUUUAAAAAAAAGCUGCACACAUUUUUGGGUGGAAUUUGAAGUUAUUCAAAUUUUUUCACUUAGUUCAGUCGGUACAGUCUGCUACCAUCAGUGGUCCCGUAGACUUCAAUACCCAGCAUUACCACAAGUCAGGUCAGAUUCUGUGUCAAAUGACCUCAAACAAUGAAACUGGAGCUGAUGUGAAGUUUGUCCCUCUUUGCUGUAGUGUCUUGUUAAUUAUUUUAUUAAAUGUCAUUGGCCAUUGUGUUGUUCUUAGACUGUCGAAUGCUAAUUUAUAGAGCGAACAUGAUUGUGUGAAUGACGACAAAUGCCAGUGAGAAAAAGCUAAACUUUAGAAUUAGGGUCUUUAUGAAGUCCCUUAUGAAGACAAAAGUAUGUCAAUUUUGACUAAUAGGAUUAAAAUGAAAUUGAUGCAUGUCUCAUGAACCUCGUGUCUAUAUCUGGCUAAAUAUACUGCAUGUGUCAGUUUGUGCUGAAGAGCACAACAGCUACAGUUUGUGGCUCAAGUGUCAAGAAUAAAUGUGUGUAAAUCA